AUGCAGACGGAAUAUAUGACUCCACAACAUUAUUCAUCUAAUAAAUGUGAUCAAUUUAAUGAUUCAACUGAAAAUUGUCCGAUUCCCGAUAAAACACUAAACUACGCAGAUUCAAUAAAUUUCACUAAAUCAUUUAACUUUUAUCCAAUGGAUUCAAUGAAUAUGUACUCGUUAAAUGAACAUAAUCAUUAUGCUUUCGGCUCUCGAUCGGAUUUAAUUAAACCUUCAGAGAAUUUAAUUACUAAUAUUCAUAAUUUUAAUCAUACUACUGAGGCAGGUCAGUACUUCCACACAAAUUACCCAUCAAGAGUAGUCAAUACUACUAAUAUUACUACUAGUAUUUCUACUGCUGUCACGACCGAUACUACUGUUAAUGUUACUGCUACUACAACAAACAGUCAUAGUAAUAAUGUUAGCCUUAAUCAUAACGAUAUUUUACCAGUUUAUUCCAAUCAGUUUAAUAAUAAAUAUGUAGACGAUCAAACAAUCACAAAUUAUCAUACGAAUCAAAUAAAUCGAGAACACUGCGAAAAUGAAUUUCUGAUGUCAUUACAAUUUCAUCAUACACACCCUGUAUCACAAUAUUAUUCACAUAUUUCCACUGUCCCAACCGUCCCAGGACCUCAACAACAUCAACACCAACAGCAGAAACAACAGCAACAUCUUCAUUCACAACUCCAUCCAGUUCAACAAUCACAGAACACUAACAAUUAUACGCAUACAGCAGCGACUACAUCUCCAAGAAUGAAAGAGAAAUCAAAAAAUGCUGCUCGUACACGACGUGAAAAAGAAAAUACAGAGUUUUAUGAAUUAGCUAGACUUUUACCACUCCCCAGUGCAAUUACAUCGCAACUGGAUAAAGCAUCUAUUAUACGUUUAACAACAAGUUAUUUAAAAAUCAGAACUAUAUUUCCAAACGGCUUUGGUGAUAACUGGAAUUAUUCUCAUACACUAUCAAACCACGUAAUAGAGAGAGAAUUGGCUCCGAACAUAUUUAAGGUUGAAAUGACUGGAAAUGAAAUGACUGAAUAUUUGCAUCCAUUGGAUCAUGAUGAACUGAAACAGAUACUUACUGUGCAUCCGUCAGAAAUAGCUGCUAAUUCUGGUCAGUCAGAGUUCACACUUGAACGCAGCUUCUUCUUACGUGUAAAGUGUGUCUUAGCUAAAAGGAAUGCUGGAUUAACUACAGCUGGUUUUAAAGUAAUACACUGUAAUGGACAUUUACGUGUUCGUGUUAUUCACCUUGAUGGAUAUCAGUAUUAUCAAAAUUUAGGCUUAAUAUCAUUCGCCUAUGCAAUUCCUUCACCGAAUACAAAUAAUACAGAAAUACGUUUAAGUAUGGAUAUGUUCAUGUUUCGUGCCAGUUUAGAUUUAAAAUUAAUCUUUUUGGAAGGCAGAAUUUCUCAAAUAACCGGUUUUCAACCACAAGAACUGGUGGAUAAAACACUUUAUCAGUUGGUACACACAGCAGAUGUUGGAUCCUUAAGACAUUCUCAUGAAAUACUUUUAAAUAAAGGUCAAGUUACAACGCCAUAUUAUCGUCUGCUGAAUAAAUCCGGAGGUUGGGUGUGGAUACAAUCGUAUGCAACCAUAAUUCACAACAGUAGAUCCUCAAGACCAAACUGUAUUGUCAGCGUGAAUUAUCUUCUGUCUGAAAUUGAAUGUCGCGAAUAUUGUCUAUUAAAUGAUCCUCUAGUAUAUGAAGAUAUCGUUAAUCAGCACCAACAAACAAAAACGAAUCAUUUACUGACUACUACACCACCUCCAUCGUCACAAUUAUCAAACAAAACUAACGUUAAUUAUGUCAAUGAUUCAAAACAUAAAAUGAGUGAAUACUUUCACAAUGAGUAUGCAAUGAGAAUUCCCUAUAGAGAACAUGAUGAUCUUGCACAUAAACGUAUACGCCGAUGUAAUACUGACAGUAAUCACCAUCAAGAGGUUAUUGGUAUUAGUGUAGUUACUAAUGAUGGUAAUAUUCAUGAUAAUAAACAAAAUUCUUUGUUGAAAUCUGAUAUUGUGUCAACUCAUUCAACAAAUGGUAUAGAACGUUAUUUCGAUAGUCAAAAUCAACAGAGUUUGAAGUCUGCGCUUUCUACAGAUGCGUCUCAACCUUCGUACGACUUAUGGGCAACUGAAUUGCACAAACAACAAGAAUAUUCACACCAGAAACAUGCUACAGUUUAUUCGGAGAAUGACAAUCAUCAGUCACUUCUACAAUGGUCUCAUAUGAAUUUUGAUUUAGACAAUCGCUCACAUUAUCAAAAUCGUCAUGACCACCAAAAUGAAUCACAUUUGUUAUUUAAUAAUUUUGCAAUUACUUCCGGAGAUAGACCAGAAGCAGGGAUACUACCACUGCCCACACACUCAGAAAUGACAACAAAGCUAGAUGAUGUAAAUUUUCCCCGUGAAAAGUUAAAUAUGACUCAACAAAAUAAUCAUGACAAAAAAACAGAGUCUAUGACAAACUUCAGCCAAACAAGUGAGACAGUAUUUCAGAAUGACAAAGUUUCAAUGGUAAAUGAUUUAGGGCAAUCGGAUCAUCAAAACGAUGUAAUGGUUGUAGUAGAGGAGGAGGAGGAGGAAGAUGUUGAUGGAGAAGAAGAAGAAGAAGAAGAGGAAGAAGAAGAAUAUAAUGAUGAUGGUGAAGAAGAUGAAAAUGAAGGUGAACAAGAAGACAAUGAUUGAGAAUUUAUCCAUCACAAUUUUUUCUUCAGUUAACUAUAGCAGACUAGUUAUUUGUGUAGCAUCUUUUAUCCUAUAUGCACAGUUUAUGUCAGAAUGACAGUAAUACUAUCAUGAUAACUGUCACAAACAGUUCAUGUUUCAAAAAAAUAACAAUUGAUUUCCUAGUAUCUAUAAACAAAUACUGACUUCAUAAUGAUAUACUAAUUUUAUUAUUCUUUCAAAAAGAAGACCGCUACUGCGCCAAAUAUUCUACCAUAUCCUAACACUGAAAUAAUCCGUUUCAUUAUUUAAAAAAGAAAAAAAAAAUUGACAAACUCUGUGAUCUUGGAUGUUCCAUAGAUGAGAACAUAAUUUUUAUAAUAAAUCCUAUAGGAAAAUCUACCCCCCCCCCAUUCAGUAUAUAAAUAAAUAUUUAUUAUUAUUAUUAUUAAGUAUGAUCAGUUUAUGGUUCUCUAACAUAAGUAAACAAAAUUAAUAAUGAUAAUAGUUGGUUAACUUUCAGCUAUAUUCUUGUUAUUCUGUAAUUUAUUUCCAUGGUUCAUUGAUAUGACAUAAGUGAAUGUAAAUCCAUGUUUAUUACACAGACACUUUCAAUGAU